AUGGGUAAUGACGGUGGAAGUAUUCCCACCCGCCGCGAACUCGUCCGCGAAGCAGCCCGCGCCCCGACUACAGCGCAACUGAAAGAGACCCAGCGCGAGCAACAAGAACACGCAUGGACAACCUGCCCUCUGUCACAUCGAGUUCUCGCCCGACCGAUUGUCUCAGACUCUGUUGGGAAUCUUUACAACAAGGAUGCUGUUCUUCAAUAUCUGAUCGGCGAUGACACCGAGGGCAUUAGUUCCAAGUCUGACUGCGAGGAGAUUCUAUGCGGGCGAGUAAAGGGGCUACGGGAUGUCGUUCAGCUGCACUUCGAAGUUGACACUGAGCACACCGAACACCCCUCCGGUAAGAUCAAUGCGCACCGCCACGAGCGCCGCGAAGGCUGGAUUUGCCCUGUAACCACGAAGCCACUCGGUGCUGGCGUGAAGUCUGUCUACAUUGUGCCGUGUGGACAUGUCUUUGCCGAGGAAGCAAUCCGUGAAGUGAAGGAUGAUAAGUGUAUAACGUGCGGUGUGGCCUAUACCGAAGACAACAUUAUCCCCAUUUUACCGACCAAGGAAGAAGAUAAACAACGUCUCAUUGCGCGUGGCCAAAAGCUCGCCGAGCAGGGCCUCACCCACUCGCUCAAGAAAGCCCCCGGCUCGAAGAAGCGCAAGAAGCACGCCGUGGACAACUCGGAGGACGCUCCCAGCACCACUGAUGUUUCUAAAUCAGCGACUGGAGCUAUUAACCGGAGUGACAGCUCCACUCCCACGCCUAGUAGCAACAUUAAAAAUGCCUCCGCUGCGAAGAUCGCUGCACGUGUUAAGGAUGAACAGGACGAGAAGAAUAAACGACAGAAGAGAGCGGGUCUCAAUGAAAAUCUUGAGAGUCUCUUCACCAAGAAGGAUAGCAAGAAGGGUGGUGAUUUUAUGACAAGAGGCUUUACUAUUCCUGCUGCUGCGCGGAGGUAG